AUGAGUGAAGGCUUCCAGCAGCAGCAAAGACGCACGGAUUUGAGCAGCCAUCGGAGGAAGAGAAAGCCCGAAACAUCCAACAUGGUCCAGUUUGGCCAGUGGCGGGCCUCAUUGCAACCAAUCCGCGUCGACGUCGUUGGCGACUUUGCGGGCAGAGGCGUGUUUGCCAUCCACGGAGAGGCACUUCUCACCUACUGUCUGGAGAGUUCCCGCGUUGACUUUGACUACGGCUUUCAGAUCCUGCACGCCAUCCAUGCCGUUGAGACCUUUCUCGUAAAGCUGAAGGAGCGGAGAUGCAUCUUCAACCUCCUUUGGUUUGAGAAAGAGGCCGACGUGUGCAUUCCUGGCAACAUUCGGAUAUACAGCGCCAAAGCCAGCAAAUACCGUCUUGCACGUGCUGUUCUCAUCCAGCACUUCGCUGGCCCAACCGUCUCGGGGGGCGAGCCCAGUCCAGCUGGGUUCAGCUAUGUGUUUCCUGGCCUCGAGAGCCGCCUGUUUUGCGACUACCUCGAUACCCAUCCCCUGCACUUCUUCCUUGGGUCCAAGGACAAUUCGCCCGAUGGAUCCCCGAUUGGCAGUGCCGCUUGUUGCAAUACCUCCCUUGAAAUGUUGCAUCUGAUGGCUUCUGCUGGAUAUUGCGUCGCGUUCAUCGAAGGAAUCGAGUUCAAGAGCUCCAAGGUCUACCUGUCCAUGAUGACGCCUAAGGGCAACAUUAGACCUCUCGUCGCGAGAGAAGACCAGUUCACACUGCCGACUGGUCCUUCACUCCCCAUGGUCGAUAUGAUCAAGAGAGUUGCCGAAGUAGGCGCCGCCAAAACGCUGACAGCGAGGGAGUUCCUCUCCAUUUGUGCACUCGCCGUUGUGCUGUCUUCCGGCCUCCAAGAAGCCAGCAACGCCGCAAUGUCCCAGCAACGCGAGGCCGCCGCUGUCCUUCUUCAUCUCGUCCUUUUGCGUCAUCUCGGGCUUGGGCAGCGAAGUUUUCCCGCUGGGACAGCGAAGACGCUCGCGACAACUAGCACCUCGUUUCUCACUAGGGUUUUUGAAGCUGCCCGAGAUGGCCUCACUGCUUGGUUUGACGCAAGCGUAGCAAACUUGAAGUGGGACGCUUUCGACCUUUUUGACGGGCGCCUCUACCUCAACGUCUGCGCGGCCCUCUCUGAUGGCACCCCUUGGCCACCAGAGGUUCCUAAGGAGUUCGCCCAGAUGGCACAGCUACUUAGCUGCGUGAGCGGUGUUCGGGUCGAUGUGUACACAUUGUCCGGUCUCGCCGUGGAUCUGGCAGCGACGGCCGCGACGGCCGAUGCCACUGACCAGCCGGGGCCCACGCCGUCGGUCCUCCCUUUCAGUCACCCGGUCAUGGACAACUAUCUAGCAGACGUGCGACUCCGCUCAGACGAUGUCUUAGCUCAGUCCUUGACACUAGGCAAGAUAUUCCAAGAACUGACCCAUUGGCACAACUCCAAGGCACCGCUCGAUCCCAAACAUAUGCCGAAAGCCAAAGGAUACUAUGCUGCCAAGAGACAUCAGAAGUUUAUGUCCGACACGAUCGCCUAUUCGGCCAGUCUGAUCGGCGCCUCGGGGAAAAAUAUCGACCCAGAGAGCAUCGUCGUUCAAACCCCGCCGGCGAAGCUGAAGACGGCCACUACCAGACUGCUCCCGACCAGGGCCAAGGAGCAGGCGCCGAGGACGACGAAGAAAGUCCCAAAGAGCAACAAACAAAGGGCACUCGAGCACGGACAGGCUCUUCGGCUGGAGAAGCUGGCCGUCAAGUCACAGUCUGUUGCAGCCACUUGGAAGGAGCAUUGCCUGGAGUUUGACAAGCAGCCAUCGCUGUUUAAGCGGUAUCUGGGAGCAGAGAAGUAUGCCUCGAAUCUGUCCUCUGCUAACUGGCAAAUCAUUGGCGCGGAGGUGCUUCUGUACAUCGGCGACGUGCUGUUGCGGAUUCAGAGCAACCCGCUGACGCCAAAACGUCUUGGCCUGGCCCUCCUCGCUUUGGUCUGGUCAAAGUACACUGAGGCUAGCAAACUGCCGCUCACCGAGCACGUCGCUUCUCGGCUUCGGGUACUGGAGGCGUCUCUGCAGCUCCGGUUCCCGCUUCAACUCGCUCCGUCUUCCGCUGACCGACCGAUCGCCUUCAGGCCGCUCGCCCUGAAGGAAGCUAAGUUGCUGCCCUCGGGCACCACCACCCGCGAGUUUCUGCUUGAACAUUGCGGCCCGUAUCUGGAGCGGAGUUUCGACUCGGCGCCCGACCCUCGCGUCCCAUCGUUUCAUCCCGAUGCGUGGCAGCGCAAGGUCCUGGACGCCAUCGACGCCAACAAGAGCGUGCUCGCCGUGGCACCGACCUCGGCGGGCAAAACCUUCAUCUCGUUCUACGCCAUGAAGAAAGUCCUGCAGGCAAAUGACGACGACAUCCUUGUCUACGUGGCACCUACCAAGGCGCUGGUCAACCAGAUCGCCGCCGAGGUCCAGGCCCGUUUCUCCAAGCACUACGGCAGCCGUGCGGGCAAGUCCGUCUGGGCCAUCCACACGAGGGACUACCGUGUCAACAGCGCCAAAGGCUGCCAGGUUCUAGUGACGGUACCCUCAAUCCUGCAGAUCAUGUUGCUGGCGCCCGUGAACGCCAAGCGGCCCAACGACUGGUCCAACCGCAUCAGGCGUAUUAUCUUUGACGAGGUGCACUGCAUCGGCCAGGCAGACGACGGCGUCGUCUGGGAGCAGCUUCUGCUCCUCGCUCCGUGCCCCAUCAUUGCUCUUUCCGCCACCAUCGCGAACCCGGACGAGUUCAAGGCCUGGCUGGAGCAGUCGCAGAACACAAAAGGGUUCGAGCUCGAGAUGAUCGUGCAUUCAUCGCGGUACUCGGACCUGCGCAAGUUCAUCCACGACCCGACGCCGACCGUGGCAGAGUUCACCGGCCUUGCGCCUGUCGAGCGGCUCCCUCUGCCGGGACUGGACUCGGAGCCCACUGGGGGUGAUAAUACCUCGCCGUUCCUGUUUGUCCAUCCCGUCGCGAGCAUCGUGGACAAGAACCGAGAUACGCUCAAUGACACCAGCCUGGAGCCAAGAGAUUGCCUGAGUCUGUGGCAAUGCAUGAAGAAGCAUCAAAACCCCCAGUAUCCGCUCUCCCCAACCUUGGACCCGGAGAAGGCUUUGCCGGAGAGAAUGCAAAAGUCUGAUGUCGUCAAAUGGGAGAAGCGGCUUAAGGACCAACUGGGAGAGUGGAUGGUCGACACCAAGGGUCCCUUUGACGCGGUACGACAGGAGCUGCGUGGUCACAGGUACUCGCGCCUGGCCGAUUCGUACUCUCCAAAGGCUGGCUCGAGCAGCGGCCAGCCUCCAGUGAAAACCUCUGGAAAGUGGCCCGAGGUGUCGAGCCUUUCGGUCUUCUCCCUCGUAACCGAUCUCCGGGCGAGCGGCGCGCUGCCGGCCAUCUUGUUUAACUACGACCGGGCGAAGUGUGAAGUCAUGGUAACCCAGCUUUUCGCCGUCCUGGUCAAGGCGGAGAGCCAUUACCAAGAGACAAGCGCAUCCUGGAAGGCCAAACUCGCCGAGUUUGAGACCUGGGAAAAGGCCCACGAGGCCGCUGGAGCCAAGUCCGCAAAGAAGGCAGCCAACUCCAAGCACCGCGGGCGCCGUGGAGAUGAUGAUGACCGACAGGGCAAAGCCCACUUAGACAGCGAAGCUGCCAAUCUCGAGGCGAGCAAAUGGGAGAGUUUUGAUCCAGACGCGGCGCUCGCCCAGUUCAGCUUUGCCGAUGCGACCAAAAUCACGAGUGAGGAACUCGAAGAGCGGCUGCGGACAAUCCACCCCGACAGCGUUCGGGAGCCCUUCAUUGCCGCGCUGCGUCGUGGUGUGGGCGUGCAUCACGCGGGCAUGAAUCGCCAGUACCGCCAGGUAGUCGAGAUGCUGUUCCGAAAAGGCUUCCUCACCGUCGUCGCCGCCACAGGAACCCUCGCCAUGGGCAUCAAUAUGCCAUGCAAAACGGUUGUCUUCACAGGCGACUCCAUUUACCUCACGGCUCUGAACUACCGGCAAGCCGCCGGCCGCGCAGGUCGGCGUGGUUUUGACGUGCUCGGCAACGUCGUCUUUCACAACAUGCCGCCACACCGCGCGCUGGAGAUCAUGUCAGCCAGGCUGCCCGACCUGCGCGGCCAGUUCCCCACGUCGGCCACCCUGAUCCUGCGCCUUUUCAUCCUCCUACACGGGACCAACAACUCGAACUUCGCCGCCGACGCUGUCAAGUCCCUCCUCACCCAGAACCGCCUCUACAUGGGUGGGCCCGCAGCCAAGAUGUCCAUCGCACAUCAUCUGCGCUUUUCAAUCGACUAUCUGCGGCGCCAACACCUUCUUUCGGCCACCGGUGUCCCCCUCAACUUCGCCGGCCUGGUCGGCCACCUCUACUACACCGAAUCCGCAGCCUUCGCCUUCCACGCCCUCCUCAAAGAAGGCUACUUCCACGCCCUCUGCGCGCCCUUCUCCAUGGACAUGACCGCUGCCGCCUGGCGCGCGCUCUCCAUCGAACUCGUUCUUACCCUCAGUCACCUCUUCGUCCGCCGCCCCGUCCUCACCACCACCACUACAAGAACCACGCUCCCGUCCCUCCCCGAGCACGCCCGCGCCAUCCUCGCCGCCCAUAACGCGGAAACCCUUUCCAUCUUCCGCGCCUACGUCCACUCCUACGCAACCCAACACCUUGCCUCCACCCCCGACGCCACCCUCCCGCUCACCAACCACCCACUCCCCUCCUCCCCGUACCCCAGCCCUCUCCCCAACCUACCCCCAACCACCAUACGCUCCCCCUUCGUUGCCUUAUCAGGCUUCACCGACUCCGACUUCGCCACCCCCUCGGAGCUCUGCGAGACGGCGCGGGCGGGGGUGCCGCUGGAAGCGAGCGUCGUGCCCGGGGUGGAGGUGGGGGGCACGUGGAACUCGUACCUGCUGGAUUUCUUCAAGCACGGCGAUGCGGCGGCGCUGGCGCGGGAGAAUGGGGUGGGCGGGGCGGAGGUGUGGUUUGUGCUACGGGAGUUUGAGCUGGUGCUGGCGACGGUCGGGGCGAGUUUGGAGGGGUUUUUGAGGCCUGGUGAGGUGGGAGGGGAGGAGGAGGAGGGGUUGGAGGAGGGGUGGGACGAGGGGGAGGUCGGGGUGGAGGAGAGCGAGGUGGAGGUGGAGAAGGCGGUGAAGAAGAAGAAGAAGGUUGUCGCGGAUUCGUGGGAGGACGAGGUGUCGGAGGACGAGGGAGAGGACACGGAGACCUCGACGGAGAACGUGCCGAGCUGGGGCCGUGACGGGGAUGACCAGUCGCUGGUCAAGGUGUACAAGGCGUUUCGGAAGGUUGAGGAGGAGUUCAAGGACGUGUUCAAGAAGAUGUGGGCUUGAGGAUGCAGCCUUCGGAGCUUCGCGCGUGUGUAAGUAAGGUCUCGACACAACAACCCCAAGAGACCGUCUCCCAAUCAAUCCUGCGGGCCGCAGGCAUGCGACAACCUGCAGGCGCUCACCAUCUUCACCGACGCCAAUAGAUCUUAUGUAACGGUGGAAGACCAUAACUACAGCACUGCAACGCCCUUUCUGGCAUUGGACGCAAGACCCACCGUC